UAAAGGAGGAUAACGGGGUUUUGGGUUUUUGAGCAGAGGGCCCCGGCUUUGUCGGAGAGCUGAUAACGCAAAAGCUUCGCGCCUUCCAAUCCGAUACAUAAGCGUCUGAUUUGUAGUUGCAGAAAAUGGAAGCAGUCCAGUUGCAGACUUUGCUCUCGUUUUCCUCCAAUAUAAGUCAGGCUAAGGCACUUGGUCUCUUUUCUAGCCCAAAGAUUAAAAUCCAUGGAAGGAUGGAUGUGGUUUGUCUUGGCAUGUUGACCCCUAGAAAGUUCAUGCAAAGGAGGAAGAAAGUGGAGGUCUUCAAAGAUGCAGCUGAUGAAGCAGAUCAGAAGAACUGGAGAAGAUUAAUGAAGGAAAUUGAUGAGGCAGGGUCGGCUGUCUCAAUCCUCAGAAAUCAUAGGCCCAAGAACCAGGGACUCCCCAGAGACCUUGUUCUGGGUACCCUGGUGAGAUUCAAGCAGCUUAAAAAAUGGAACCUUGUCAGUGAGAUUCUUGAAUGGCUCAGGACUCAGCACUGGUGGGAAUUCAAUGAAAUGGAUUUCCUGAUGCUUAUAACGGCUUAUGGAAAGCUAGGAGAUUUCAACAGGGCUGAAAGACUUUUAGGCUACAUGAAUAAGAAGGGUUAUUCGCCAAGUGUAAUAUCACACACUGCCCUGAUGGAAGCAUAUGGAAGAGGAGGGCAAUACAAUAAGGCAGAAGCCGUAUUUCGAAGGAUGCAAUCUUCGGGUCCUGAACCUUCAGCUUUGACAUAUCAAAUCAUACUUAAAAUUUUUGUUCAGGGUGACAAGUUUUAUGAAGCUGAAGCUGUUUUUGAGACCCUCUUGAAUGAUGAAAUUUCACCUUUGAAUCCAGACCAAAGAAUGUACCACAUGAUGAUUUACAUGUAUAGGAAGGCUGGAAGCUAUGAAAAAGCUCGUAGGAUAUUUGAAAAGAUGACAGAGAGAAAAGUACCACAAACUACAGUUACUUAUAAUAGCCUCAUGUCAUUUGAAUCCAAUUAUAAAGAGGUUUCAACCAUUUAUGACCAAAUGCAAAGAGCUGGUCUUCAACCUGAUGUUGUGAGCUAUUCUCUUCUCAUUAAUGCCUAUGGGAAGGCUAGAAGAGAAGAAGAAGCACUUGCAGUUUUUGAGGAGAUGCUGGAUGCUGGUGUUAGGCCUACUCUCAAAGUUUACAACAUUUUGCUUGACGCAUUUGCAAUAUCGGGAAUGACAGAGGAAGCUCGGACGGUAUUCAAGUGCAUGAGAAGAGACAAAUGCACUCCUGAUCUCUGCUCUUAUACAACAAUGUUAUCUGCUUAUGUUAAUGCUUCUGACAUGGAGGGUGCUGAGAAGUUCUUCAGCAGAUUGAAACAAGAUGGAUUUGAGCCGAAUGUUGUGACUUAUGGAGCACUGAUCAAGGGAUAUGCAAAGAUAAAUAACCUAGAGAAGAUGAUGGAGAAAUAUGAAGAAAUGCGGAUCCAGGGUAUUGAGGCCAACCAGACAAUAUUCACUACAAUCAUGGAUGCACAUGGUAGGAAUAGAGACUUUGGAAGUGCUGUAAUUUGGUUCAAGGAAAUGGGAUCAAGUGGGUUCCCUCCUGAUCAGAAAGCAAAGAAUAUCCUCCUGUCUUUGGUGAAAACGGCAGAAGAGAAACAGGAAGCUAAUGAGCUUGUGGGCCUUGUGAAUCAUGAUCCGAAUGAUGGAACAACUAGUGGGUUCUCUAAUUAUGAUGAUGAUGAUAAUGAGGAUGGUGAUGAUGACGAUGAAGAAGAAGAAGAAGAUGACAAAAAUGUUGCAGAAGAAGUCCUUGGGUAAUCCAUCAACACAGUAUCCAUGUCAUCUUCUUCAUUUAUGGUUUCCAAGGUUAUACGAACCAGAGGCUUAGACAAAGAAACAAUACGAGAUGGCAACACAGCAGAGAAUGGGGCCUUAGGUGGUGCUUCUAAGAACUGGUGGUUCUUCGAGUUCUGAAAAGCCAAGCGAGCACACCCAGCUUCUUCUGACACUGAGACUAUCACUGGACACAACUGAGUUCCGGCCAUUUCUAUAAUCUCUCUUU